UGACAACUUUUUUUCCCCUCUUUCCUUUGUUAUAAGGACUUGCUGUGGAGGGAGAAAGGAUACACCAGGAAACGUAGGUGAUGUAAAAAAAAAUGGUAAUAACGUUUUAUUUUAAAAACCCACAAGUAACAUUUACUGGAGCGUGUAAGGUGCAGAGGCCAUCUCCAGGUGCAGAACUCCCCGGAGCUCCGCCCGUUUCCGGGGCUGGAACUGCCACGGCAGGGUUUUAGCCCUGGCCCGAACUCUAGAGACUCGGGCGCCCCACUUCCUGCUCCUGAGAUGCAGCGACUCCCCGCUCUGGCCUCCUUGUGCAUGGUGCCUGCGAGUUCCGGGCAGGGGCUGCCCCGCUACGUGUGCUACUGGGAGGGCCCAACGGAACCCGCCGAGACCCGCGCUUACAACCUCUAUGUGACUGAUGCCCUGGAACUCUGGAACACCAGCUUCACCCCGGAAAGUCUGGAGAAACACAAAGCCCAGCAUGGCCUGGAUGGGGCUGAGGACUAUUCGGUGUGGUUCAGGGUUGCCAGUGAUCGGCACACCGUAUCUUUGACGUUGAAGGAUGAUAGCAGCGCUUACCUGACUAUCUCCAGGGGAGCAGAAACUCUGACCUUUGAGCUUUCUAAGGUGCCCAGCCUUGAAGCAGCCCCACAGCUCCAGGCACUGAUGCUGGGAUUGGCAGAGCAAGCAUGCAGACUGGAGAAGCAGCUGGCAGCUUUGAAGGAUGAGAGCCCCAGCCCCAGAAAGAAAUCUCAGCCAGGUGGGCAGCAGCUGUUUUUGCCAGAUCCAGAUUCUCGAAGAAGUGCCCCAGGCCCUGUGAUGAGGAAAUGGAUGCCAGGAGAGUCUCUUAUCAAUCCUGGCUUUAAGAGUAAGAAGCCAGCCAGUGGAGUGGACUUUGAUGCUGUCUAAGACAUGAUGCGUCCUGUGUGAGGUUCCUGCCUCCCUGGAAAUGAAGACUUCAGGAGCAGCAGGAAGCUCCCGGGAAGCCAAUAGGCUCCUGAGUCUUGCAGGACAGAGAAAAGAGGAAGGGCCAAGUUGGCCCUGUCCAGAGGAGGGAGUGAUUCAUCCAGUCUGACAGCUGGCUCCCUAAUCAGCCGCUCUCCUGGAGCAAAGCAAAAUAAAUCCACUAAUAUUUAUUGUCA